AAAUCCAAAGCGUAAAAUCCAAGCUACCGCUACUGUAUGACACAACACUGCCCCCCCCCGUCUGUGUAAUAUUUUGGACCUUUGGAGUUUCGGCUUCCUGUCUUUCCCAGCAGAAUCCCAAGUCUCUGAGUGAGAGAGGGCCCAGAGAGAGGAAGAGAUAUAGUGAUGGCGGACACCGAGGCGCAACCAAGCCGAUCGAGGGACCUCGACAAGCUGCUCCUCCGCCCCGGAAAUCUCGUCGGCGCUAACUUCGAUCCCGGCGAAGAAUUAAGAGACGACCUUGCAAAAUCUGCUAAAGUGUUAGUGGUGGGAGCUGGUGGGUUAGGCUGUGAGCUGCUUAAGGACUUGGCUCUCUCGGGUUUCCAAAAUCUCGAGGUCAUAGACAUGGACAGAAUUGAGGUCACCAAUCUCAAUCGCCAAUUCCUCUUCAGAUUUGAAGAUGUUGGUAAGCCAAAAGCUGAGGUUGCUGCAAAGCGUGUCAUGGAAAGAGUCAGUGGCGUAAAUAUCAAGCCACAUUAUGGCCGAAUCGAGGACAAAGAGAUUGACUUUUACAGUGAUUUCAUUAUUAUUGCCCUUGGUCUUGAUUCAAUUGAGGCUCGGAGCUACAUCAAUGCUGUAGCUUGUAGUUUUCUUGAGUAUGAUUCUGAUGAUAACGCUCGAGAAGAAACAAUUAAACCUAUGGUAGAUGGUGGGACUGAAGGUUUCAAGGGCCAUGCUAGGGUUAUUUUGCCAGGGGUCACACCUUGCUUUGAGUGCACCAUCUGGCUUUUCCCCCCUCAAGUAAAAUUUCCCUUAUGCACCCUCGCUGAAACUCCUAGAACUGCUGCUCAUUGUAUUGAAUAUGCCCACUUAAUCAAGUGGGAUGAGGUUCAUAGUGGAAAGGCUUUUGAUCCAGAUGACCCAGAACAUAUGAAGUGGGUCUAUAAUGAGGCUGUCAAGAGAGCUGAGCUUUUUGGUAUCCCAGGGGUCACAUAUUCUCUUACUCAGGGGGUCGUGAAGAAUAUUAUUCCAGCUAUUGCUUCCACCAAUGCAAUUAUUUCAGCUGCUUGUGCACUUGAAACAUUGAAGCUUGCAUCAGGAUGCAGCAAAACUCUAUCAAACUAUUUAACGUAUAAUGGGGCAGAAGGUCUUCAUACUAAAGUAACUGAAUUUGUAAGGGACAAGGACUGUCUUGUAUGUGGUCCAGGUGUUCUUAUUGAGCUAGAAACGUCAAUUACCCUGCAAAAGUUCAUUGGCCUACUCGAAGAGCACCCGAAGCUGCUAUUAUCAAAAGCUAGCGUCACACACCAAGGAAACAAUCUGUAUAUGCAAGCACCUCCCGUACUGGAAGAGAUGACUCGAUCCAACCUAAGUCUACCACUUUUUGACCUAAUGGGUAAAACUACAAAGACGACUCUCCAUGUGACUGGUACAACCAGCAAGAACGACAAGAAAACCUCUGUUCUGAGAAAAUUGCGUGUUGUUUUUAAGGGAGUUGAUGGGGUUACAGACAUGGAUACAGCUGGUGGAGCCUAAUUUUCACUUGAAAAUUUAGGGCAGGAAAGGUUAAUUGGUGAGGCCUAGGGUUAGUUCGAUUUGAUUGUGUAAAAUUUUUCCAUAGAUGACUGUUCUAAAGAAUAUUUGAAUUCAGUGAAUUCCUUACCAAGAGUAGUUUACAUAGUUCUUAAUCUUCAGGCAUGACUUGCUCGGAUUAGAUUGGUGAUGAUUCCCAUGAUGUUCAUUUGAAUUUUGUCUCA